CCAACGAGUAGCCCAACAUUACCCUCUGUCGAACGAUGAUCAUUUUUUCUCUUCCUGAAAAUUAUACAAGGAAAGAAGGGCUUUCAGCAAAUAUAAAAUCCACUUGAUUAAUGACUGAAGUUCAACCCUAUAAAUACUCUCCGUGCGCCAUCACGUGCAGUUCCGCAGAACUCGGGUGUGAUACAAACAGGGGCAAACACUGCAGGCGCCCAAGACGCGAACACGCUUCCGACUUUCUCACUCAUAGGUCUUAAUUGUUAUUCAGACGGGCAAAUCCAGGCUUAUUUUCAGACUAAGCAUAUCAGGGGAACACAUUUGACCAGGUAGCUAUGCAAAUGCAAAAAGCUGGAAAUGGGUAGGCUGCUGAAAUAAACUGGCGCGCUGUUAUUCAAAUUUACUGCAUCAAAAUAAACAUGAAUGUUAAAUUUGCAAAUCCAUGCACGUGCCACUUUCAUGACUUUCAGUAAGCUGUAUAAAGGAAUUCGACCCGGAAAAGUACAACGUGUACAGACCACAGGCAACGGAUAGACUCGACCUCAGAUGAAGAGCAUGCUCCUCUCGAGCGUCGGCUCUCUCGUUUGUCCUAGAAGUUCCUUCAUGCAUGCAAUGUCCUGAUCCGAUCGUAUUUGAUCUUAUAUUUUCCAGUACAAACAAACCCCAAAAGCUUAUUGUAAUCGCCAGGCAUGGGAGAUCAGAAAGAGACGACAAUGGUGCACAAGUCCACUUCGUUCAGCAUCAAGAGUCUACUGUUUCCAACUAAGUAUGACAACCUGGACGCGGGGGUCCCGGACAAGCGUACUCUCCCGUCUGGGUCUGAUUCUGAAAAAUCCCAAGAUCCAACGGAAAUGGAGGGGCAAAAAGACGGGGACGAAGUUGGCGACCGACCCACUGAACAAGGCAAAAAUGGGAAACACGACAAGCCGCCGUUCAGCUACAACGCGCUGAUCAUGAUGGCUAUUCGGCAAAGUCCUGAAAAACGACUUACUCUCAACGGCAUUUAUGAGUUCAUCAUGAAGAACUUUCCCUAUUACAGGGAGCACAAACAAGGCUGGCAGAAUUCGAUACGGCACAACCUCAGCCUCAAUAAGUGCUUUGUGAAAGUGCCGAGGCAUUACGAUGAUCCAGGAAAGGGGAACUACUGGAUGUUGGACCCCUCGAGUGACGACGUCUUUAUCGGUGGAACUACAGGAAAACUUAGGAGGCGGUCGGCUACCUCCAGGGGCAAACUGGCAAUAAAGAGAGGGCUCCGCUUCGCGCCGCUAGGGCUGGGAUUGAGCGACAGGGCGAACAACCCUUUGUACUGGCAGAUUUCGCCCUUUUUAUCUUUGCAUCAGUCGCAUUAUAAUGGAUCUACUCCAGGAUUUCUGAACCAGGGGCACGCGUACGGUUCGCUGCUCUCCGGAGUUGAACAGUUGGGCAGCGGAGACCUUUCCCGUCCGGUUCUGGGAGGUUCUACAGGCGGGAUCAACCUGUCAACUGGUUAUGGCGCGAGCACGUCUCCCGUCAGUUUAUUGCCGGGACACAACGGCUAUUUCGUGUCAGGGACUCAGCAUUCUCAGCCCCUGCAGACUGGAGUUGGAUUUGGAGUGUCGUCCAGCUCUCCUCCGACUCUCAUUUCGGAAACGCUGAGAACUUCGCUGUCUCCAUUCACUCCCGUCGUUUCGACUGGAUUCUCAGGAGUUCUGACGCAUCAAAAGAGAGUUCAUUCUUUCUUAACCUGACCGCAGCCCGCGCUGUCCGCGGAGGGGGAAAUCCACGCGCUCUCGGUCAUCUGAGGCUGUCACUAUCUCAGUAACACUGCUCGAAUAGUGUAAUAUUGUAGCUUAUGUGUUAAAAUUCAAGUUCAAGACGAUUUCCUCGCUAACUGCUAUGACCAUAUAUACAUACAUAAAUACGUACAUACACGCACAUCCGUUUGCGAUGGAUUUCUUCCGUGCGUCUUUUUGAAAGCGACAUAGCUACCUUUGUUAUGAAGUUAAAAUCGUAAAUAGCCUACGUUAUGCCAAAGGCAGUUAUUUUUUUAAAUAUAUUGAUAUGUUAUAAAUAACUCGAAUGCCUUUUUUUGUUUGUUUUGUUUUCGUAAAACAGUUCAUUUAUGUAUUAUAUUUAUAAAUAUAUUUAAAUUGCAUUGCCAUUUCAUCCGUAUUAUGAGAUAAAAUAGUACACAGCUAAAUUAUUGAUAUACACUUUAUUUUUUAGGUUUGUUUAUUUAAAAUCAGUGUUUCAUACUGUAAAAGCGCCUUAAAUAAAAAUCAGGGGUGUACACAGUUGGCGUUUGAAUGGAUUCAGGUCACCUGUACUUUUCAACAAUGCACUGUUAUAGCGUAAAGUGUAGACCUAUAUUUCUUAAAUUAUAUGAAACAAUAAUGGGAACUAUGAAGUUUCCCCUGUAAAAUAUAUUUAUUUAUUUGUUUCUUUGUUUGUUUAUUUGUAUGUUUAAAUGUAACCGAUUGCAUUGUCGGACUAGGCGCAAGCAGAGACAACACAAAGACUGGUUCUCAGUCUGAAACAAAUAACGCCUCUUGAACAAUUAACAAAAAAAAAAAAAAAAAAUCUCGGUUCUUUUCGUCUCCAUGGAAUGCUCAUAUUCUUCAUGGAAAUGCAAAAAAUGUUCCAGGCGUUUCCCAUACGAAUUACAGACACAAUCUUGAAAGUAUUAAAUGUGCAAACGACGCAAAAGAUGUGCAUGGCACGAAUUCACAUUGGUGGGUGUCGUCUUUGCGUUGGCUUUGUUUAAGAAGCGUUGUCUUGUUAUUCGGUCAAAAAUUGCGUAAUUUAAUUCCACCCAUCACCAAAGACUGGCUCGGUUGCAUAGAAAACAGUUCUGGUUCGAUCUCAUUUGCUCCAAAAAUACGUUCUGUGUUGAUAUUGUUUGAAUAAAGUUCACCCUUUGGCAUAUAAUGCACAAUCCCGACCUGUAGUAUAUCCGAUGUAGCUGACCCGUCCUUCCUCUUUACAGUGGGCCGAUGGCUAUCCGAUCUUUUCAUUUAUGUAGGUUACAGUUUAGUGCUAUUUAUUUUAUGACACAGCAUUGUCUUGAUGUCUGACUUUAAUUUGUAAGUGUUGUUUAAACGUUUUCCUCCUUUAGUUUCUAGAGUAACUCAUUUGUACAGUUUGUACCCGUUUCUGUUUCUGUAAAAACGUCAACUUGGUCAAGGGGAAAAAAUAAAAUAUGACGAUGCUUGUUUUGUCAAGACAACUUAAUUGUGACAA